AUGAUCUGCGUAGAGACUCAACAUUUUAAUCUCACUCGGAUCAUCCUACUCGCAAUCGGCUUAUGGCCAAAUGAAAAAUCAAAAUUUCGUAAAUUUCAGGCAAUUUUAUGUUUCGGUGUUUUGAUAAGCUUUGUUAUAUUUCAGUUGACAGCGUUGACAAUUGCAAAAUGUACUGCUGAUUAUAUCAAAAUUUUUUCUUCUGCAACAUUCUUUAGUAUUGCCAUAUUUAGUUACAAUAUGUUCUGGAUCAACGGUCAUCAUCUGAAAAAUAUAAUGAAGCAACUACAGUAUUUCUGUAAUGAGUUAAAAGAUGAAAACGAAGUUGCUAUUUUCAAAAAGUAUGGACAUUACUUCAGACAAUGUACAAUUAUAUUCAUAUUGUUGGGGAUAUGCUGGAUGUUUAUUAUCACUUUACUGCCUAUUUGGCCACAAAUUUUUGGCAGUGUCUUCUACAUAAACGAGUCUCAACUACAGAGUCAGACAAUACAAAUCAUGACUGAAUACUUUAUCGAUCAAGAAAAAUAUUUCUACUUAAUUUUGCUGCAUACAAAUGCAGCGUUUUGCAUUGGGGUGACUACGUGGCUAGGAAUGGGAACGAUGAUCAUAGGAUGGUUUAUACACAUCUGUGGAAUGCUUACAAUUACAAGUUACCGUGUGGAGCAAAUAAUGACGACCAAAAUGUCUAAAAAUAUUAACUUGAAGAAUCAAAUUAUGAUUUAUAACAAAAAGAUAUUUUACGCCGUCGAAAUACAUUACAAGAUUAUGAAGAUUUGCGAACAUACAUGUUCUAAUUUUAAAUAUUCUAUCCUUUUAUUAUUAAUAUGUACGGUGAGUUCUUUGAGCCUGAAUCUUUUUGGAAUUUUCCGAAAUGCAUCGCUUGGAGAUAAUGAAGCAAUUUUAUUCCACUUGUUAUGUUCAUUUGCUCUCUUUUUAUAUUUGUUUGUAGCUAACUAUAUAGGGCAAGAAAUAAUAAAUCACAACAAUCACGUAUACUUCACAGCAUACAAUAGUCAGUGGUAUAAUGCAUCAUUACACGCACAGAAGAUGAUACUCUUUAUACUGCUACGAAGCAGCAAAGCUUGUAAUCUCAAUGUCGGAAUAUUUGUGGCAUCUUUGGAAUGUUUUGCCUCGCUAAUAAAAACAUCAGUGUCUUACUUCACCGUUAUGUAUUCUUUAGAGGAGUAAUGUACAGAUACAUUAUCUAUGCAUACAAAUCGGUUAUGAUUUGCUUUUCACGAAAAAGGAAAAUAUAUAAUAUCGACAAAUGUGGAGAAACGAAUCAAUACAUUACCAUAAUGAUAUUGAUUUUAUUUUUAUUUUUUGUUGCA